GCGAGAUCAGGAUGCGCGGGCUGCCGCUCCUGGCCACAGCCGCCUGCGGAUGGGCUGCGGCGACCCGGGUUUACGCCGACGUCCGCCACGAGGACCUGCUGCAGGAGCUGGAGGCCCUGAGAAGUGAGGUCGAGCGCCUUCGCGGGCGGGUGCGCGUCCUGGAGUACGAGAAGGAGGUUGACAGCCAGAACGACACUGUGGCCGCCAGCGUCCUCGAGGCCUGGGGCGCCUCCACGAACCUGCGGCGUUCGCUGGGCAAGCGGGCUUUGGUCGUCGCCGCCUCGCAGGCCAGCAAUGUUUCGACGGAGGGCGAGCCCGAGCCCUGGACGGGCGACCACUGGGGCGUCUCAGGAGUGGAGGGCGGGAGCGACAAGUUCACGGAGUGGCGAACGGAAAAAGGGGGCGGUUGGGGUUCAUUGAUCUGCGCCGUCCUGUUUAUUGGCGUGUUUGGGUCCGCCCCGCUCGUGCACAGUUAUGCGUUAGGUACUAAAGCCUUCACGAAGGUUCACGUCAUCGAGAGCGUGUUCCUGUAUACGUGGUUGUCUGUAGGAAUCAUUGUAUUCACACAGCACAUCGAGUUCCAGUCUCCGCACUUCAGUCAGGUUCGCACCCUCAGCAUCGAGGAGGCGGUCUACCUUGUGGCCCAGAUCGUCACGACGGUCGGCUAUGGGGACAUCACACCUGCACACCCGAACGGGCAGGUGUUCGUCGGAUUCUUCGUGUUUUUGGCCAUCAUGCUCGCGGGCCAGAUGAUCUCGGAGCUCACGCAGUUGUACGAGGCGCGCAUUGGGGUGCUGCUCCGCAAGGCGUCCAAGGCUAUUGAGGUUUUGGGUGAGACUGUGAGCGUGAAGCUGACGUCUCUCCACUCCAGCAAUCAGCUCCAGCUUGAAGCCGAGAAAGCGGAUGAGGUCAAGCCUCGGCGACGGCACGCGGUGUGGAUCGCGGCGGUGCCGAUGAUGCACAGCGCCCUCGCCUUCUCGUUUUUCGCGGCAGUCGGGGCGAUCUUCUUUGUCAUGUUCCCUGGCGAGAACAAGACUCCGUUGCAAGGGAUCUACAUGUCGUUGAUCACCCUCUCCACCGUGGGGUUCGGAGCGUUCACGCCCACCACGCACGGUGGCAUGGUCUUCUCGGCGUUCUGGAUGCUCUUCGGGGUCGCGUCACUGGCUUCGCUGGUAUCCAGCCGCGCGGCCUUCGCAUUGGCACUGAGGAAGUACGAAGCGGGCACGGACGACUCGUCCUCCGAAGCGACGGACCACAGCGCAUCGGAGGCUUCGGAGGAGGAGUCGCGCGAGGGCCCUGCAGGGCCGAAGGGGGUGCAGGAGCAGAAGGCGGAGCAGAAAGCGCAGGACGCUGGUGCCACCCUGCACCCGGAUUCGGAAGUGAUGACCUGCCCCCACUGCGGCAAGCCGUCCAUGGUCGGGCACGGCAACGGCACUCGGGACCCUACCUCUAGUCCCAUGCCGGACAUGGCACUAGAGGUGUCGGUGCUCUCGAGUCCCGUGCCCAGGAGCGGUAGGUUCGACCGGACAUGGCACUAG